AUGAGUUUUAAUAAAGUGAAAGAAUUUAUUGAAGAAGGAGAUGUGGUAAUUUUAUAUUUGGGACCUAGUAAUAUGCAUUCCUUAGAAAUAAAGCCAAAAAUUCUGAAUAAAAAAGGUAAAAUGGUUGAUAAUAUUUUUCAAACAAUAUAUGGAGCACUUAAAGUAUUUUGUCUUGUGGGGCAAAAAUAUGGAAGUAAAAUACAACUUUCCCGAGGAUGGGGAUAUGUGUUACAACCAACACCAGAAUUUUGGACAUUAACAGUUCGACAUAGAACACAAAUUAUCUAUAGUCCUGAUAUAAGUCUAAUUAUAUAUUUGAUGGAUUUAACACCAGAAAGCAUAGUUAUUGAAACAGGCACUGGAAGUGGAUCUCUUUCACAUGCUCUUAUUCGUGCAAUUCGACCUUAUGGUCACCUUUAUACAUUUGAUUUUCAUAAGCAACGUGUAAAUAUUGCUCAAGCAGAAUUUGAAAAACAUGGUCUUGGUAAAUUUGUAACUUCAAAUCAUAAAGAUGUUUGUAUAGAUGGCUUUGGAAAAGAGUUAGAAAACAAAAUAGAUGCAAUAUUUUUAGACCUUCCACAUCCAUGGUUAGCAAUAGACCAUGCGUUGUUUGUUUUGAAAAAAUCAGGUGGAAAACUAUGUUCUUUUUCUCCUUGCAUUGAGCAAGUUCAACGUACUUAUGCAAAAUUAAUUUCGAAAGGUUUCAUUGAGUUGAAUACCUAUGAAUGUUUGCAAAGAGAAGUAAAUGUACAAUAUAGAAGACUUCCCGUAUUGGAUUUAGAAUGCUUAAAAUAUGAGCAAGUGAACAAAGAUAUGGGACAACAAAAUGAAAAUGAAAAACAAGAACAAACAAAAUUACUUACUGUAGCACAUGCUCAUUCUUUACCUGGCCAUACAGGAUUUAUUACAAUUGCCACAUUACCUCCAUUUUAUGCGCGAAAGUUAGGAAUAAACUUAGAGUCCAAAGACUGAGA